AUGGUUGUCUUCGGCAAACCGACGAGUGUUCCCUACAGUUGCUAUGAACUUGGACACACAUGGACACCCUCUUGUACAAAGGCAUCUCUCGGAGUAUCUCUUGAUGUCCUUAAAGAAGCCCUGAAAAUAUAUGGCAGCCUCUAUUUGAUUGCUGGAAUUGUAAAGAAAAGAGGCAAGAAAUAUUUUCAGCAUAAAUGGUUAGCAGAGACCUUUCAGUCAACCUUGUUUCUAACAACAAAUGGAACCUUAUUUUUGACAUUCUUCUGUCUAUGGAGGAAAAUCCUAGGCCGAUUCUAUUUACCUACCUUGUCAUUUAUUCCUGCUGCAACAGCUUCGUUUGUUGGAAUCCUUGUUGAGAGGGCAUCCAGGAGAGGCCUUCUUGCUACCUACAUGGCUAAUGUGGCUACAGAGACAUUCUACCGAAUGGCAUUGUCCAGAGGAUGGGUCGGUUCUCUUCCACAUGGGGAGGUACUGCUGUUCAGUGUUGCCAUGGCUAUUUAUCUUUACCUCUACAAGAGAAAUAGCCUGCCAGCAUCUGCAAUUAAAGCAUUUAGGUUUCUGGUGGGUAAAGAGGAACUUCCAGCUUCUGUACUGGACGAAGAGCCUACAGUCCAAAAACGCAGUUCCUCCAAGUCAGGUCAAGAAGCAAAGGGGACUAAAUUCAGUACUCUCCGAUCUGUCCUGUCCUGGCUUCAAGGCCAGUCCAAACAUCGUUUAUGUAAACAUCAACAUAGCUGUGUUUACUAUGUAAUGCAGGGGUUCACUAAGAUGUUUGGAUUAGGCUUUGUGAUCCAGGGAGGAAUCAAGCUUGUCAGUGCCCUACCAAGACUUGUCAAACAGCCAAAUGCUUUACUACAAGCAGUUAAACACCGUGACAAUUUAAAGUUAGCAGCAUUCUUUGGAUGUUUUAAUGCAAUCUUCAAGGCAGUAAACUGCUGUUUGCGACAUGCCCGUAAUAGUGACAGUGAUUUCCAUGGUCUACUGGGGGGAUUCUUGGCUGGUUGGUCUAUGCUGUGGUACAAGAGUGUCACUGUUGCCUUAUAUACUGCUUUUAAACUUGCAGAGGUUCUGUACUUUAAAGGAAUAGAGAAGAAUUUGUUGCCUUAUAUAGCAUGUGCUGAUAUUAUAAUAUAUUCCAUUUCUACUGCCUUUGUCUUUCAUACUGCAGUUGUUGAGCCCCACAAUCUGCGACCAGCAUACUGGAACUUCUUACUCAGAGUUACAGGCAACAAGUUUGCAUUGAUGAAUAGACAGCUGAUAGAGCCGUUUGUACCUGGUUCCGCUAAACUUUUCCCUGAUUUCUGGCCAAACUAUGAUUCUCGCUUCACAGAUCUUGUUCGUCCAGCAGAAUUAAUUACUAGCUAACCUCAGGAGAUUUCUAGGGAAAAAUGAAAACCCUAAUGACCUCACAUGGAAAUGCACAAAUGCUGAUAUCAGUAAAGGGUACUGGAGCUGUACAUGUUGGCUUCAACUGAGGACACACAAGGACAUGUUGACCUCUAAUGAUGAUACCAGGACAUCUUGACCUCUACUGAUGAUACAAGGACAUGAUGACCUCUACUGAUGAUACAAGGACAUGUUGACCUCUACUGAUGAUACAUUGUCAUGUUGACCUCUACUGACGAUACAUUGUCAUGUUGACCUCUAUUGAUGAUACAUUGUCAUGUUGACCUCUACUGAUGAUACAGUCAUGUUGACCUCUACUGAUGAUACAGAGUUGUGUUGACCUCUAUUGAUGAUACAAGGACAUGUUGACCUCUACUGAUGAUACAAGGACAUGUUGACCUCUACUUAUGAUACGUAGUCAUGUUGACCUCUACUGAUGAUACGUAGUCAUGUUGACCUCUACUGAUGAUACAGUCAUGUUGACCUCUAUUGAUGAUGCAUAGGCAUUUUGACCUCUACUGAUGAUACAUAGUCAUUUUGACCUCUACUGAUGAUACAUAGUCAUGUUGACCUCUACUGAUGAUACAUAGUCAUGUUGACCUCUACUGAUAACACCAGGGACAUUUUCACCUAUACUGACAACACCACUUGUGACUUAUUCUGUUGAUAUAUGAGGACAAUUGGGUCUACUUGAGUUAGCUGCCUAUGACAUAUGCUGAUAAUCUGUGAUGGUGUAUAUGGUGAUGAUUCCUUAAUUCAGGUUUUGCUAGUCAGGGUAUUAAACCAUCUUUUUGGUUGAAUGUGAUUUGAUCAAGAUGAGGUAUUUAUACUAUUAACUUACUGUAUAAUUGUGAUUGAGUGUAAGUGAUGUUUCUUUUUAUCCCUCAUUUGACUUUACUUUGGUAUAAAAAGUCUAAAGGACUUACACUGAUACAGUGUUAUUGAUGUCUGCAAAAUGUGCUAUGAAAGUUUUUCGUACUGUCAGCUUACUGAAGGAGAGUGUGUGUUAGAGAGGGUGAGCUAGGCUGUCAGGGUUGUAUGUUAGAGUAUAAGUGUUAGUGUUAGAAAACAUGUGUAAGGGUGUGUGUUAGUGUUGUGUAUUAGUGUACAUGUGUUAGAGUGUGUGUUAGUGUUGUGUAUUAGUGUACAUGUGUAAGGGUGUGUGUUAGUGUUGUGUAUUAGUGUACAUGUGUAAGAGUGUGUGUUAGUGUUGUGUAUUAGUGUACAUGUGUAAGGGUGUGUGUUAGGGUUAUGUAUUAGUGUACAUGUGUAAGGGUGUGUGUUAGCGUUAUGUAUUAGUGUACAUGUGUAAGAGUGUGUGUUAGGGUUAUGUAUUAGUGUACAUGUGUUAGGGCGUUUGUUAGGGUUAUGUAUUAGUGUACAUGUGUAAGGGUGUGUGUUAGGGUUGUGUAUUAGUGUACAUGUGUAAGGGUGUUUGUUAGUGUUAUGUAUUAGUGUACAUGUGUAAGGGUGUGUGUUAGUGUUGUGUAUUAGUGUAUGUGUGUAACGGUGUGUGUUAGGGUUGUGUAUUAGUGUACAUGUGUAAGGGUGUAUGUUAGUGUUGUGUAUUAGUGUACAUGUGUAAGGGUGUGUGCUAGUGUUGUGUAUUAGUGUACGUGUGUAACGGUGUGUGUUAGUGUUGUGUAUUAGUGUACAUGUGUUAGGGCGUUUGUUAGUGUUGUGUAUUAGUGUACAUGUGUUAGGGUGUGUGUUAGUGUUGUGUAUCAGUGUACAUGUGUUAUAUAGUCCUCCAUUAGUACUACUGGAGGGACUAUGGGUUUGAUUAUAUACAUGUAUACUGGGUAGUUAUGUUCUGUCUAUCAGUCUGUGUCCUGGUCACUAUGAAUGCAGAGUUAUGGCCCUUUACAUAGCCUUUAAUCUGUUUCCUUCAAGCCAAAUUAUGUCUACAGAUUCCUUAACAAAGAUUGCAACCAACAUCCACUCAAAACCAUGAUUACAUCAAACAUCUAAUCAAAACCAAGAUUGAACCAAACAUCCAAUCAAAACCAAGAUUGAACCAAACAUCCAAUCAAAACCAAGAUUGCACCUAACUUCCUAUCACAAAAAAACUUGCGUUGAAAUUUUUUUAAUGCCAAAUUAUAUUCAUUUUUUUCACAAAGUAUGAACUGAUAGAAAUACACUUGUAGGUUAUCUUGAUUUAGUUGUAUUAGCUAGACAAAGUUCUUCAGUUCAUAGAAAAGUCUUUUUAGUGAGCUAUAUAAAGAAUGAGUGUAGCACAUGUGUGUUAGUAUACAAGAUAACAGAUAUAACUGUUCUGUGAUUUUUUGUAAUACUUCAGUCUUAUUAUUCUGAUAUAUAUUUUUUCCAAAUGUCACUUUUCGUAUAUUUCUAUAUUUCAAUAUUACAUGUGAGAUACAAUGAAGCUUAUGGAACCUGUUAUAUAUCCCUGUGCUUAUUGAAAAUUGUGAGAACAAGAGCUUGAAUUUUGUUUGGUAGAAUAAUCUGAUUAUGAUAAUCACAUUUACUGAAAAAAUAAUCUUUUUUUUUUUUAAAUCAAAUGAUUGUUUGCAAUAAUCUUACAAGACUAGUUGCUGACGGAGAUUACACAGUAUGAAGGGAUGGUAUUAGUUGGUAAGUCUAGUUUACAGAAGUCCCUGUUAUAAUCCUUAUUUAUGUGCUUUAAUAUCUUGAAUGUCAACUACAGUUGACUUUAAACAAGUCCACAUUUUUGUUUCCUUCUCACAGGAGUGACCUAGCUUUGUACUAAACUAUUGCCCAGUAUUUAGGAAAUCCCAUCUCCUUUCUUUGAGUUGGUCCAGAAUUUUUUGGUAUUUAAAUCCUGUAAUUUUUGACAAUCAUACCUAGUCUGUUUUGUAAUCAAAGUCUUUUGUGUAAUGGAUUCAUUGAUGGAAGGGAAGUAAGUCUUUUCAUUUAUUUAUCCUUUUGUUCUUGUGAUAGAUGGGCAAGUUUGCCGGUAUUUUAUACAUGUAUAAGAUGUUUUUAGUGUUUUAUGUCUACACCUGUGUACCCAAGUCCACCAUAGGUGCAUGUUUUACCUUUUCUCAAGGGAUGGGCUUAUUACAGGACAUUGAUUAACAUCUCUUUGUAAUUCUUCUGAUCAACAUCAUAUUAUAUGUGGGGGUUUAAAAUCUGAUUUUAUUACUCGGCAGAUUUGGUGUGUGCUAAAAAUAUCACAAAACUGCACAUAGAUGCUAACCUUUAUAAUAACCAAUUACUAUAUGAACCUGUAUCUGAUGUUUGCCCUGGCUAAAUCUACCUACUUCUAAUGAUAUCCAAACAAAGUUGUUUUAAUCAUCAAUACAACAAAUUAUUGAUAUCAAGGUUUGUUGAAAUUGACUGAAGCGAUGCCAUUGUUCAUCAAACUUAUGAAGAAAGCAACAUGGAAAUUCUGUAGUUUGUUAAGAUUGAAAUUAUGUUUUUGUAUCAGAUAUCUGAUUAGCUACUGACCUUAAGCAGGGUUCUUUGACCAUUGGCCUGUGUAUCUGAGGCCAGUCAGAUAGUGAUAACCUCUCAAGUUAUAGUUUGUUAAGGUUGAUACUCAUUUGUGUAGAGAAUUUGUAACUAUUGACAGUAUGUAUAUGUGUUGUAGAAUACAGUGGGUGAUCAAUUUGUGGCAAUUUUAUUAUCAUGCAAUCGAACAAUAUUUUUGUAUAAAAGAGGUUUGCUUUACAGAACUGUUGUAAAGGGAUCAAGAAUUCUAUAGAACAUUAUUUUCUAAAUAAAUGAUUUGACAAAA